AUGUCUGAACCCAGUAUCAAACUUAGAACUGCAAAGGAUUCUUUAGUAUCUUCACUAUUUGAAUUAUCGAAAGCUGCUAACCAAACCGCUUCAUGCUUAGUGGAUUUCUAUCAUUCUAUUGGGGAUGAUGAAGAUGAAAGACUUGAAGCGUUCACCAUCUUAACAGAAGCAUUACAGAAAUUAACUUCCUCUACAAACCAGUUGAAUUCCAUAAGCACUGAAUUAACGCAUUCAGCAGAAGAUGAGAAGGAUAUUCCGGUCGCAGAGGCUCCAGCCAAGCUCGUCAAGAAGAAGAUUCCACGUGAUCCAAAUGCUCCAAAGAAACCACUAACUGUUUUCUUUGCUUACUCCGCAUACGUUCGUCAAGCUUUACGUGAUGAAAGACAGAGGGCAGGCCUCCCACCAUUGUCUUCUACCGAAAUUACCCAAGAAAUCUCUAAGAAGUGGAAGGAUUUAGGUGAAUCUGAAAAAGAUAAAUGGAAGCAGGCUUACAAUGCUGAACUUGAAAAUUAUCAAAGGGAAAAACAGAAGUACCUGGAAGCCAAAAAAAAUGGAACUUUAACAUUGAAUGAAGGCCCUAAUUCUGCUCCAGUUCCUAUCCCUGAGUACCUACAAUCACCGGAAGACUUCGGUAUCUCACAAAUUGAAAAGAGGCCUUAUGAAGAAGAGAUUGUGAGUGAAAAGAAAAAGAAGAAGAAGAAGAAGGAUAAGAAGAAGGAUAAAUCUAACAAGGACUAA